AAAAUUAAACGUUUGGUAUUUAAAUACCACAUGUUUCUUUGGGAGGGGGGAGGUUUUCUAUAUUUUAACUAAAUUCAUUUUCCUAAUAAUAUUGCAGUACCAAUCAAGUGCCUACUUUCAAAAUAACAAAUAAAAGUUUAAUGUUUAAAAAUGACUAAAUUAAAUCGAUGACCAGCAUGACGAGAAGACACACUAUAUAACAACAAUGGUUGUGCCAAGAAGCAUUAGUGGUGAAGAUACACUACAACUCCAAAAAUAGAGUUUGUGAGCUUUCAGUCAGGUUUCUUUUACACUCGUUUCUUGAAAUUAGAUUCUUGUACUCAAAGAAACCUUAAAACUAUUUACCUUUUCUCUUUCCGGACUACAAAGUUAGAUUUAUCAAAACUUAGAGCUCGGAAUCAAUGGAGAUCAAAGCUGAAACGAUGCAAAAGUCAAAGUUCAAAAGAAUCUGUGUCUUCUGUGGAAGCAGCCAAGGCAAGAAGAGUAGUUACCAAGAUGCUGCUGUUGAUCUCGGCAACGAACUGGUUUCAAGGAAUAUUGAUCUAGUCUAUGGAGGUGGGAGCAUAGGAUUGAUGGGUUUGGUUUCACAAGCUGUUCAUGAUGGUGGUCGUCAUGUUAUUGGAGUCAUUCCCAAGACCCUCAUGCCCAAAGAGUUAACUGGUGAAACAGUAGGAGAAGUAAGAGCAGUUACAGGUAUGCACCAAAGGAAAGCUGAGAUGGCUAAGCACUCCGAUGCUUUUAUUGCGUUGCCAGGUGGCUAUGGAACCCUUGAAGAAUUGCUUGAGGUCAUAACUUGGGCUCAGCUUGGAAUACAUGAAAAGCCGGUGGGUUUGCUCAAUGUUGAUGGAUACUACAACUCUCUGCUCUCAUUCAUCGAUAAAGCCGUGGAAGAAGGAUUCAUCAGUCCUACUGCUCGUGAGAUCAUCGUCUCUGCUCCUAAUGCUAAAGAGCUUGUGAAGAAACUAGAGGAAUACGCACCUUGCCAUGAAAGUGUUACGUCUAAGCUUUGCUGGGAGAUGUGACGGAUUAGAGAAUGAUCAAGAUCAAGAACUAAUAUAUCUAUUAUAAAUAUUUAUAUAUAGAUAUGAAAAAAUGUCUAGAAGAUUUUCAUGGUUUUGAUCUUACUAAAAAAGGAAUAGAUUCUGUUUAGUUGGGGUAAAGUUUAUGUAAAUUAUUAGUACUAGUACUAAAGUCUUUUAACUCCAAACUAUAAUGUCUUGACCUGUUUAAAGUUGAAUCUUAUCGGCUAAGUGAAGUCUUGUCACAACAAAAUAGUGACACACGUGGAAUGUUGAGGCAAAGUUAGAUUAAGUGGUUGAGUUUGGUGUGAAUAGAUGAAGUUGAAACCUAACUUAUUAUAGGUUGCAAGUUAAGAUAGGAUAAUGAUGAUGAUGCACAUAAAGGUGUGCAACGGAUACUUCUCCACAGUUUCAGGAGUUUGAUAGAAUGAUAGUUGAGUAACAAACAGUAAAAAUUAGUUAUAUAACCAUAUCAAUCAAUCAGUCACUCAAAUCAACAGGAAAAAUGUACGACUUACACUUCUCCACAGUUACAAGCUAGACAAAUCACAGUGAGGUAUAAGUGCAACAACAACCUUCACAGCAUUCCUUCAUGAACUACAAUGUAGCUUUCACCUACUAUCACGAGCAAAUAUGAAGGUACCAUGAUGCUUAUUACGAACAUAAAUGGCUUGAAACUGUUAUCAUUAUUUAGUAUCUAUAACUUAAAGGAUGUAAAGAUAACAUAACACGAUCCAAUACUAU